GAGAGAUCAAGCUUGCCGCCCCUUCCGGCGGCAAGGGAUCGCACUCUUGAGCUCUCGUCGCUCUUCUCAUCCAUGCUUGGCACAGACGCUUCGGCUCUGUCGUCGCCUCUCGAGCCCGCGGUCGCGACUGUGAUUCGCCCGCAGGCUCGCACCCCGGCCCCGGCUCCGGCCCCGGUUCUCAACACGCGAGCCGCUGCCGCUCUUGCCCGUGAGGCCGACCGCCAGCGGCCGCCAGACAUGGUCCGCAAAGCUGGUCGCCACAGCGACGUCCGCAACCUCUGGGUACUCUCACCCGAGUCGAUGGCUCGAGCGGCGCGGCAGACCAGCCCGGCGGCGGCUCCAUCUGAUGCGGCGGACCGAGCCUCGAUUCGCGGGCGGCUCGCGGAUGGACCGCAACCGCGCGCCACCAGUCCCGUACCGACCGAGUCCCGCUCGCCGCCGCGCCCGCGUGCCGCAGUGCCGCCGGCCGACGACUCGGCGUCUGCCGAGCUCGCCGCCCUCCGCACAGCGUACGCCGAGCUGGAAGAGCUGUACGCUGCCUCACUCUCGCUCAAUGACGCGCUCGCUGCACAGCUCGAGUCGCGCGCUCCGCUGGAGGCCUCGCUCCGCGGCACCAUCGCCACGCUCCGUGCCGAGACUGCCCGCGCUGAGGCCCGCAACACCGCGCUCGUUGAGCACAUCGCCACGCUGACUGCCAAGCUCGAGGCCGGCAGCAGCUCUUAG